AUGAGUGCUGGGGACAAUGGCGAAGAAGUUCGUGCAACCCGCCAAACACCUCGCUUAAAUGAAAGGAUUCUUUCAUCUCUGUCUAGGAGAUCAGUUGCUGCUCACCCUUGGCAUGAUCUUGAAAUUGGUACACUCUUGUUUACUGUUGUGGAGAUCACUAAAGGAAGCAAAGUAAAAUAUGAACUUGACAAAAAGACUGGAUUAAUUAAGGUUGAUCGGAUUUUGUACUCAUCAGUUGUUUAUCCUCAUAACUACGGUUUCAUUCCAAGAACUCUAUGUGAAGACAAUGAUCCAAUUGAUGUCUUGGUUCUCAUGCAGGAGCCAAUUCUUCCUGGUUGUUUCCUAAGAGCCAGGGCCAUUGGACUCAUGCCUAUGAUUGAUCAGGGGGAGAAGGAUGAUAAAAUUAUUGCAGUAUGUGCAGACGAUCCUGAGUACAAGCACUACACUGACUUAAAAGAACUUCCACCUCAUCGCCUCUCUGAGAUUCGACGCUUCUUUGAAGAUUACAAGAAGAAUGAGAACAAGGAGGUAGCAGUUAAUGAUUUUUUACCUGCAUCAACUGCUAUUGAAGCCAUCCAGCACUCAAUGGAUCUUUAUGCGGAGUAUAUUCUGCAUACCUUGAGGCGAUAG